AGUAGUUCUUAUAUAAAUACACAUUAGACUAAUGUUCAUUUAGAUUAGAAUCACCAUAUCAUAAUUAUUUGGUUGCUAUUUUCUAACCAAACCAAAACGUUGUUCUUGGUUUGCUUGCUCUCUCCCUUUGUUCACUUUUCUGCAAAUAUGGCAAGUUUGGAAACUGAAUCACUAAAUGGUCAUCCCAACUCAAGUCCUAAUCACCAGAGACCUAUUGAAGAAAAAUCAGAAAGGGACAAGAGAAUUGAUGAGUGGCUUCCAAUUACAUCUAAAAGGAAUGCAAAAUGGUGGUACUCAGCUUUUCACAAUGUCACUGCCAUGGUUGGAGCUGGUGUUCUUGGUCUCCCUCAUGCCAUGGCACAACUUGGAUGGGGUCCAGGUAUAACCCUACUUGUUCUUUCAUGGAUCAUCACAUUCUACACACUUUGGCAAAUGGUUGAGAUGCAUGAAAUGGUUCCGGGAAAACGCUUUGAUAGAUACCAUGAAUUAGGUCAACAUGCUUUUGGGAAAAAAUUAGGUCUUUAUAUUGUGGUGCCUCAACAACUUGUGGUAGAAAUUGGUGUUAACAUUGUUUAUAUGGUCACUGGGGGAACAUCAUUGCAAAAGUUCCAUGAUAUUGUGUGUCCAAGCUGCAAAAAGAUAAAGUUGACCUAUUUCAUCAUGAUAUUUGCUUCAGUUCACUUUGUGUUAUCUCAUCUCCCUGAUUUCAACUCAAUUUCUGGUGUGUCCUUGGCAGCAGCAGUCAUGUCCUUCAGUUACUCUACAAUUUCCUGGGCAGCUAGUCUAGAUAAAGGAAAACAAGAAAAUGUACAAUAUGGAUAUAAGGCACAUAGUACAGCAGGAACAGUCUUUGACUUCUUUAAUGCACUUGGCACUAUUGCUUUUGCCUAUGCUGGACACAAUGUGGUGUUAGAGAUCCAAGCAACAAUUCCGUCGACACCGGAGAAACCAUCCAAGGUUCCAAUGUGGAGAGGAGUUGUUGUUGCAUACAUUGUUGUUGCUUUGUGUUACUUCCCUGUUGCUCUUAUUGGUUACUGGAUAUUUGGAAAUGAGGUUGAUGGUGACAUCCUCAUAUCUUUACAGAAACCUGCAUGGCUUAUUGCAACAGCUAACAUGUUUGUUGUUAUUCAUGUGAUUGGAAGCUAUCAGAUUUAUGCAAUGCCUGUGUUUGACAUGAUUGAAACCUUGUUAGUGAAGAAAAUGAACUUUGAACCAAGUACAAUGCUUCGGUUUAUUGUGCGUAAUGUAUAUGUUGCAUUCACAAUGUUCAUUGCUAUUACAUUCCCAUUUUUCGAUGGCCUUCUAGGGUUUUUUGGAGGGUUUGCUUUUGCUCCAACAACAUACUUUCUUCCAUGUAUCAUGUGGCUUUCAAUCUACAAACCAAGAAAAUUCGGCUUGUCAUGGUGGGCUAAUUGGAUCUGCAUUGUGCUUGGCGUAUGUUUAAUGAUUUUAUCUCCUAUUGGUGGAUUGAGGACAAUCAUAAUUAAGGCUAAGACCUACAAGUUUUACUCAUAGACUCCUUCUCCAUUUAAAUCAGUAAUGGAAAGGUGUGAUAUGAUCAUACAUAUAAGAGAAUGAAUCAAUUGUAGUUGUUUUUUAAUAAGAAUAUAUAGAAUAUUUAGUUUGUAUACAUUGAUGGUACAAAACUUUUUUACACAUGCAUUCAAUCAUGUCGUGUUAAGUAGAUAUAUUUUUGUAAUUGUAUUAUGUAAAAAAGAAAUUACAUUAGUAGUUCUUUCAAAUUAAAGGCAAGUGCUCUUAAUUCGUAGUAAUAAUAAUCAACUUUUCUCUAA